AUGGCCCGAGCGAGGGACGUCCCGGCCGAGGAGGAGGACCAGGAAAUGGAGGAGGAAUUGGUCGCCUUGCAGUUUGACGAGACACUAUCAUGGCGGGCGGGUAAGCCCAUUCCCACCGGCACCCUCCUGAAGAGGUUGGAGAAGCUAUCACAGGAGCUUGUCGACAUGGAUCAGGAUACUGUCGAUAAGGAUUCAUUGACAAAAGUCGCAAAAGAGCUCGCUGCACACAACCUGCUGGCACAUAAGGAAGGAGGCGUCAAGGCCUACGCCGCUUCUUGUCUGGUAGACAUUUUGAAGCUAUGCGCCCCAGACGCACCCUUCACGCCCUCCCAGCUCAAGGACAUAUUCAGCCUCUUCGUCAAGACCAUUCUCCCAGCCUUGUGGGAUCCCACCAACACUUACAACACACAACACAAAUAUGUCCUUACUUCACUUGCCGAGGUCAAGAGCAUCCUGCUCAUCAAUGAGCUUGCAAACGCUGAAGAUCUUCUUCUACACUUGUUUUCAUCGUUCUUUGAUGGCAUUACCGGAUCGUCCAAGUCUAGCUCAGUGGAGCAAGUAGCCAAGGAUGUCGAAUUCCACAUGACAGACAUUCUCGUCACUUUGCUCGAAGAGGGUCCAACCCUGCCACCUUCUGUAUUGGACGUGAUCAUGGCCCAAUUCCUCCGAGCCGCGCCGCCUGGAGGGUCCCGAAGCCGCACAGAAACCAAUGGCAGUCAAACAACCCUUUUGCCAAAGGAAGAGCCCGAAGCCUACGUAAUGGCCAAAACCGUAUGCAAUCACUGCCCAGAGAAGAUGGCAAGAUACGUCAGCCAGUAUUUCAGCGAUGUGAUCAUGGACAUAUCUGGCAAGAGUGGCCAAACUAAUGGCCAUCGUGAUGACCACGAACUUGAAGAUGACGACGCGCCCACCGGACCUUCCGAUUCCGAUUUUAAAGAAUUGCGGAAAGCGCAUCAACUCCUUCGUGAGCUUUGGCGAGCCGCGCCAACGGUGCUAGCAAACGUCGUCCCGCAAGUAGACGCGGAGCUUUCUGCCGACAACGUGCAGCUACGACUCUUGGCCACCGAGACUCUGGGAGAUAUGAUAUCGGGUAUUGGUGCCGCAGGGCCGCCGCCGCCACCUGUGCUGGACCCGGCCGCAUAUCCUCCAAUCACGUUGGGUGAUGACAUUUCGGAGGAGACGGACUCUGGCAGUAUUCUCACGACGCCAAUCUCUCCUCUCUCUUUCGCACAGACACAUUCUCAAGCUUUCCACAACUUCGUCAGCAGGAAAAACGACAAAUCACCCCUGAUUCGUGCAGCGUGGACGACCGCCGUUGGCUAUAUCGUUUCGACAUCGGCUGGCGGCAUCGGACUGAGUCGCGAAGAUGAGCAAAGUUUUGUUGAUGGUCUCAAAGACAGGCUCAACGACCCCGAUGAGAAGGUCAGACUGGCCGCGGUCAAGGCCAUUGAAGUUUUCCGCUUCCGUGAUAUCAUCACAAAGCUAGCUGUGGACGGUGGCGUCGCCAAGAAUGGCACUAUUCUCUCUAUUUUAUCAGACCGCUGUCGUGAUCGACGCGCUCCCAUUCGAGUUGAAGCCAUGGCUCUGCUGGGCAAGCUAUGGGCAGUUGCAAGUGGAGAAUUGUUGGCUGGCAACGACGUGGUGGUGUCUGCUUUGGGCGGCAUUCCGUCCUAUAUCUUCAAUGCUUUCUACGCCAACGACCUUGAACUGAACAUCUUGCUCGAGCGUGUCACCUUCGAGUGCCUUGUUCCCCUGUCAUAUCCGCCGGGUAAGCCCAAGUCUUCAAACGGCCACUCUCAGUCUCAAGCAAAUACCGAUGCAACCUAUGAUCCGGAUCGGAUACGUGCGGAGCGCAUUUUGCUUCUUGUCAAGAGCCUCGAUGAAAAGGCGGCCAGAGCAUUCUUCGCUUUGCAAAAACAACAACCACAAUUUGCAAAAGUCCUCGAGACUUUCGUCAAGCAGUGCGAAGCCUUUAAUGGCGGCUUGCCAGAAACAAAUGGGGAUGUUGUAAAGCAGAAUCUCAAGAAAAUCAUCCAGUACUUGACUACAUACUUCCCUGAUGCAUUGAAAGUCGAAGCCGAUCUUCAUAAUUUUGCCACUCUCAAUGACCGAAGGUGUUACAAUCUUAUCCGAUUCAUCACCAGCCAUGAGAGCGACUUCAAGACGAUGUAUCGAGGGCUGAAAGAGUUCAACAAGCGCAUCCAGGGAACAACCAAGCCUCAUAUACUAGAUACAAUGCUUCCUUUACUUUACCGGUCCGCUUAUAUUAUCAUCAACAAGAGCCACUUAGCUGCCUUCAUCGACUAUUCGAAAAACGAUAGGGACGGCUUUGGUGCAGCCGCUCAACAAAUAACGGCAGAAGCCUCCAAGUCAAGCGGUGCCCUGUUCAAGGCGCAUAUUGGACAAUUGUGCAAAGACCUGAUAGAAGCAGCACCAACGGCAUCCAGAGACAACGAUCCUGGUACGGUCGAGACACUGAAGGCUUGCUCGUCGUAUUCCCGAAAGUAUCCUGAAGAGAUCCCACAGGACAAGAAGUUUACACAAGCUCUCAUAAACUAUGCGCUUUUUGGGACACCAACAAAAGCUGCCAAGUAUGCUGUCAACAUCCUCAUGGCACGGAAAGAUGACAAAGCUCUGGUUUCUGCCACCGAGCUUCUCCAGAAAGUGACAAAAGACUGGAGUUAUGGCUCAAAGCAUUUCUUGAGUAGAACUGCUGCAGUCAGCCAGCUUGAGCUUCUGGCCUCGAGUGUGACUGCCGAUGCGAACGACAAGAUCAUGGACAUGGCACUCAAGGAAAUUCUUCAGAAAGUGCGAACAGAGGCGAGUGAUUCCGACUCCGAAUGGGUAGAUGAUGCGGAUCUCGAGGAGGAAUACUUUGUCAAGUAUUGGUCAUUGAAGCUCAUCGUAAACCGUCUUCGCGGGACUAAGGAUCCCGAGGAAGUCAAAGAGGUCACACCUACUGUGUUCAAGCUCCUUCGGACACUACUUCGUGACCAGGGAGAGCUUUGCAAGACACAAGAUACCCCCAAGCAUCACAAAACUCGCCUACGACUCUUGGCUGGCCAACUGUUGUUGAAACUUUGCACCUCAAAGCGAUUCGAAGAGCUUUUUUCGCACACGGACUUCAACCGGUUGGCUUUACUGACACAAGAUUCUAGCGCGCAUGUUCGCCGUGGCUUCGUUGAAAAACUACAAAAAUAUCUUGUGAACAGGAAGUUGCCUGCGAGAUUUUACACAAUCAUCUUUUUGACAGCAUUUGAGCCCGUUAUGGACUUUAGGCAAAAUGUUGAAACCUGGAUCCGCUCGCGGGCACGAUACUUCCGCGAGAACGCCAAAGACAACGUGAACGUGAUGGAAGCCAUAUUUGGACGCUUGAUUUCAUUACUUGCACACCACCCUGAUUUCAGUACUGAAGUGGGUGAUCUGCUUGACACGGCCCGCUACAUCAUCUACUACAUUAGCAAUGUGGCCACCGAACAGAAUUUUGCACUCAUCUUCAAGUAUGCUGAACGGGUAAAGCAAACACGAGACGGAAUCGCACCAGAAAAGAGCGAUAAUCUGUACGUGCUUUGCGACUUGGCUCUAGCGACGUUGAGGAAGUGGCAGGAACGUAAAGGAUGGAGCUUCCAGGCCUAUGCUGGCAAGACUGGCUUACCAAAAGGCCUAUACACAGCUCUGCCGAGUCACGAUGUCGCACAACAGAUUGCGGAGAAACAGUACCUGCCUGAAGGCGUUGAGGAACGGCUAGAUGAUUUAUUAAGAACACUUGACAAGAAGAAGGUUCGCCGAAGAAGACCCCAAACACAAGGCGUUUUGUGCAUACGCGCUGACAUCAUACCUUUACAGAAACGCAAGAGUACAGACGAGCGCGGCGACGGUCACCCUGCCCAAAAGAGGGCCAGAACAGUACAGCCGAGAUCAGCUGCGGCAAAGACUGACCGACCCGCCAGCAGUAAGAGACCUGCCGUCAAGAGCAAGGCACCUAAACCUCGGAAACAAAGGUCAUCCCCAGCACCAGAGUCAGCCGAUCGACGACGAAGUGGUCGAUCUAGGAAAGACUCUUCUUACCUCGAACGUGAUUCAUCGGAUGAUGACGACGACAUGCUAGAGGGAGUUUCCAAGUGGGACUACUACGACAAGGCGGGAAACAGGGUCCAAAACGAUGAUGAGGAGGCGGAGGAAGACGAAGACGUGGAUGAGGACGACAAAUCUGAACUCUCCAAUGUCGAGGAGGAAGCCGAGCCCAUGGUCGAGGACGAACCAGAACCAGCUGUUAUGAACAGUGGGGCGAGUGGAACGCCUGAAGAACAGCCAGCUGACGAAGAAGAAGAAGAAGAAGAAGAAGAAGGGGAGAAGGAGAGUGAGGGUGCGGCGGCGGUGGUGGAGGAAGAUAAGGAGGAAGUUGAAGAAGCGGAACCUGAGGAGGAGGUACCUGCUCCGAGGUCAAGCGGUCGUAGAGGACGAAACGCGACCGCAACGCUCCCAACAAGAGGCAAAGCAGCGCCAAAAGCUGCCGCUAGCCCGGCGCCCUCAAAGUCGAGUGCAUCGAAGGGCAAGGCGGCGACUGCAAGCAAGGCAAAGUCAAAGCCAGCACCAGCAACAUCUAGCCGUGCGACCCGUAGUAGGAGAGCAGCUGCCGACGUGAGCGAGGCUUCAGACUAA